AUGCGAUACGUCGCGGCCAAAACAAGCAUUCCGGUGCCGCACGUCUAUCAUUACGGUAUCGCAGACGAGAAUCCCGUCGGCCUCGGGCCGUUUAUCAUUAUGGACUACAUUGACCACUACGAAACCCUCUCGGUGUACUGCGAGACCCAGACCGGCCGGUUGCAGACGUCCUUCUCCAGCUGGAUACGCUGCGUUUUCCGAGGAUUGGCUCCCUGGUCGAGGAUGCUGCCACGGGCACAAUUGACGUCAAAGGACGGCCCCUGCUGGCAGUCAUCCGUACCGACGUUCCUGCCUGUGGUAUAUUGCCGUCGCCCGACACGACGUACACCGAUCCUGACGCUUGGUUUGUGGCCCUUGCCGACGUUUCUGUCCGCUCUGGAGGAGGUCGAGAAACAGCAACAGCAACAGCAGCCGGCCUCUGCGGGCGAACCGCUGUCAAAGCGCAUGAGGACAAGCUGGACCAGCAACGCGUGGAUGCGCAACUACGCGGCCAGGCGAUCGUGGGCGUUUGACACUUUAUGGUGGAAACACGUUGACGACAGCCUGUGCGGGCCAAACGAGGACCAAGACCACAAAACACGGCUCGCCGAGAUGCCGGCUGCGUUCGACGAGACACGCAAGUCACUGUAUGGGACGAAGAUGCAGCAGUCGCGCACCUCGCACAACAUUUUGUCGUCUUUGCCAAGUCUCCCAGUUAAGCCAGGUGGCUAUCAUUUGUGA